ACACAGAGGUUACUUCUUUGGAUUGUUAAUUAUUUAUUUAAUAAUAAGUGAGUAAAAAUAAACUAUCGAACCAUUUUGAGCUCAGUGCAAACGAGUACAAACCUACUAUAAACGAUCAAAUUAAUUAAUUUUGCGAAAACCAAUCAUCUGUCGACUAUUUACAUCCGCAUCAUUACGAGACGACAUGCGUUCGGCUGCUGUCAACCAGAGUGAUUACUCCAGAUAUAAACAUUAAUAUUAAGUGUAGCUUCUGUGUAGAAACAUAGUAAACAAAAUCAGUGAAUUCAUAACAAUGACAACACCAGCACUAAGUGGUCAGAAUCUCCUACGUCCCACGAGAUUACAAUGCAAGGAUCUCCAUGAGUAUUUGAAAUCCGUAUCACCAGAAGUCCUGGAGAAGCUGUAUCACAAUCCUCCGAUAUGCCUGGCUGUCUUUCGCGAACUUCCUGUUAUCGCCAGGCACUAUGUCAUGCGUCUGAUCUUUGUGGAACAGCCAGUGCCUCAGGCAGUCAUCGCCUCCUGGUGCUCCAAACUUCAUUCUGAAGAGCAUCAACGAAUUGUGCAGGUUCUUAAUGAGUUGAAUAUUUGGAAAGCGGUGUCCAUAUCUGGGGGAUUACCAGGAUGGAUCUUCAAUGCCACAUUCAAGAAAAAUCUUAAAAUCGUUCUGCUUGGUGGUGGGAAACCUUGGACAAUGUCUAAUCAGUUGGAGACUGAUAGUAAACCUAGGGAUAUUGCUUUUCUGGAUUCUUAUGCCUUGGAGAGAUGGGAGUGUGUGCUGCACUAUAUGGUGGGUUCUCAGCAGCAGGAAGGCAUCUCGGCCGAUGCUGUCAGGAUACUGCUUCAUGCAGGCCUCAUGAAACGAGACGAGGAAGAUGGUAGUCCUGUUAUCACACAAGCAGGAUUUCAAUUUCUUCUUCUAGACACAGCAUCACAAGUAUGGUACUUCAUUCUUCAAUAUCUAGAUACCAUUCAAGCCAGAAGUCUAGAUCUCGUUGAGUGUCUAACGUUCCUGUUUCAACUAAACUUCUCCACACUCGGUAAAGAUUAUAGCACAGAGGGAAUGUCAGAGGGAUUAUUAACAUUUCUGCAGCAUCUUAGGGAAUUUGGACUCGUGUACCAACGAAAACGAAAGGCUGGGAGGUUUUAUCCUACGAGAUUAGCGUUGAAUAUAGCAACAGGCAAAAAUAAGCCACUCGUCAGGGAUAUUGACAAAGAGGGCUACAUAGUUGUAGAAACAAAUUACAGAGUAUAUGCAUACACAAAUUCAAAUCUUCAAGUUGCGUUACUUGGUCUUUUCUGCGAAAUGCUUUACAGAUUUCCAAACUUGGUUGUGUCUAUAUUGACCAGAGAUUCAGUACGACAAGCCCUGAAGAGCGGAAUAACUGCAGCGCAAAUAGUCGGCUAUCUGCAACAACAUGCUCACAGUAAGAUGAUGGAUGCUGGCCCUCCAACACUGCCACCAACAAUAGUUGAUCAAAUUAAACUCUGGGAAAACGAGAGAAAUCGUUUCUCAUUCAGCGAAGGCGUUUUAUAUAGUCAGUUUCUGUCUCAAAACGAUUUUGUCGUCCUUCGAGAUUAUGCAUUGUCUAUAGGGGUUCUUAUUUGGCAGAGUGACAGAAAACGAACUAUGGUGGUUACCAAAGUGGGUCACGACGAUGUCAAGAAAUUCUGGAAACACCACUCGAAGGGCUCAAACUGACGGAAAUAAUGAUAAAUACGGUAUUUUCAAAUGUACAGAAUAAAAAUUUAAUCAAUAAAUUAUUUUUUAAUGGCUUAAAA